UUUCCCGUCGGCAUCCAGUUCUUAUAAGUACAUCCAACCAUGUGGUGCACGCUGGAAACGGCCCUUCGGUGAACCAACGUGGACAGUGAAGGAUUUUUUCAACAUUAUUCGUUAAAUUCAGCGUCGGCAGAGCUUCAGUGUCUCCAUGUUUACUUCCGCCUGGAUUUAAUAACUCGACUCCUCGACGCGACUGAAAGAUGGGGAAGGUCGCUAAGAAGAGGAGCCUUGCUGACAAGGUCCGAAAGACCAAGACCUCUAGUGAGAUCAAAAACAACCCGUUUGAGGUGAAAAUCAACAGGAAGAAGUUUGAGGUCCUGGGGAGAAAAACCAAACAUGACGUGGGUCUGCCCGGUGUGUCUCGAUCCAAAGCCAACACGAAGAGAAAAGAGACCCUCCUGAAGGAAUACAAACAGAAGAACAAGUGCAGCAAAUUCAUUGACAGGCGCUUUGGAGAGUAUGACACCAACAUGGCACCAGAAGACAAAAUCCUGCAGAGGUUCGCAAUGGAGAGACAGCGUGGCCAUGAUAAGAAGGAUAUGUUCAACCUGAACGAGGAGGAAGAGUUGACUCAUUAUGGCCAGUCACUGGCUGAAAUCGAGAAAUUCAAUGACUUGGCGAAUAGCGACGAUGAAUCGGAGGAGAAAGGACUUUUGUCAGCUGAGCUGACUGCCUCCCACUUUGGAGGAGGUGGGGGCCUCCUGCGAAGGAAAGCGUCGGGGGACCAGCAUGAGGACGAGGGAGGCCACAGGGCCAAAUCCAGGCAGGAACUCAUUGAAGAGCUCAUUCAGAAGUCCAAGCAGGAGAAGCGGCAACGGCAGGUGCAGCGAGAGGAGGCGCAGGAGCUGACUGAGAAGCUUGAUCAGGAUUGGAAGAGCAUCCAGGCGCUGAUGGUGAAGAAGACCCCCAGAGCUGAACAAGCCGACGAACCGGAGGAGAAGCCCAAGCUGGACAAGUACGACAUGAUGGUCCGAGAGCUUGGCUUCGAGAUGAAGGCUCAGCCUUCAGAGAGGAUGAAAACCCCGGAGGAGCUGGCCAGGGAGGCGAGGGAGAAGCUACAGACACUCGAGGCUGACCGUCUGAGGAGGAUGAUGGGACAGGAAGUCGGGGACAGUGUGCAGAGACAGAGCCACUUGUCUGCUGACGACCUCAACGACGGCUUCAUCCUGGAUAAAGACGACCAGAAGACCCUGGCUUAUGAGGAUGGAAAAUGGAACAUAGGAGAGGAGACCGGAGAAGAUGGGGAUGAAGAUGCAGAAGAGGGAGAGAGUGGUGAGGAGGAUGAAUCGGAGGCAGAGGAGCAAGAUGAGGAUGGAGAUGAAGAAGCAGAAGAAGAAGGAGAGGAGGAGGGGGGCAGCAGUGAAGAAGAAGAAGAAGAUGGCCACUCUGACCUGGACUCUGAGCAAGAAAGCGAGGAUGAGGGGAGACAGCAGCAGGAGGAUGAAGAGACCAGCGCCGAAGUGGAGAAGAGUCUGAGCAAAGAGGAGGUGAAGGCUCAGCAGGAGGCGGCUAAAGCGGAGCUCCCGUACACAUUCACCGCUCCAGAAAAAUACAGUGACCUGAAAGAUUUGCUCUAUGGCCACACCCCUGACAACCAGCGCCUCAUUGUGGCCAGGACUCAGAAGUGCAACCACCCUAGUUUGGCUGUAGGCAACAAGCUUAAGCUGCAGAAAAUGUUUGGCUUUCUGCUCGAGUACAUUGGAGAACUGGCCACGAGGAGUCCACCUGAGCUCACCGCCAUAAAUAAACUCAUACCAGAGUUGUAUGCUCUGUGUCAGAUGUUCCCGGACGUGGCCUGUAAAGCCUUGCAGAGCCUCCUCGGAGAUGCAGCUCACGGCCUGGAGGAGGUGCUUGAGGUCAAAGGGCAUGUUGCUUUCCCAGCCCUAGACAUGCUGAUCUAUCUGAAGGUGACAGCCCUGCUGUUUCCUACCUCGGACUUCAGACACCCAGCUACGACUCCAGCUCUGCUAUACAUUAGCCAGGCUCUCACCAAGUGUCCAGUGAGAUCAUUAAAAGACAUAACGUCAGGUUUAGUGCUGUGCUGUCUGGCAGUGGAGUACGUCUCAUUUUCAAAGCGCUUCCUUCCUGAGCUCAUCAACUUCCUGGCCGGAACUCUACACCUCGCCGUGCAGGACAAGACCUCUCUAGGUUACGCCGUGGUGCCGCCUUUUAGAACAUCGGGGAGGAACGGUGAUCUGCUGGUGUUGUCAGACGCCGAGUCCUGCAAGAACUGGAGCAAGAAAGAGCUGCCGCUGUCUGCAACCCAUCACCUGGAACUGCAAACUGACCUGGACAGAGACCAACACAGGUUGAUGUGUUUGUCUACCUGCCUGGACCUGGUGAAGCGUUGCUGCCUGCUCUACAAAGACCUCACGUCGUUUCCGCAGAUCUUCCAGCCAAUCAGAACGCUGCUUUCCAAAUAUCUUCAAGUCCAAACGUUACCAGAGCCUUUACAGGAGCUCCACAGUACGAUCCUGGAGGUCAUCAGCGCUGCCCCUGUGACCAACACUCCACUGGUGUUUGAGAAGAAGAAACCUAUUCCCCUGAAGCUGCUCACACCCAAGAUUGUUGAAGUGUUGGACUAUGGAAAGAAGCGAGGCAGCACCAAAGACGAGCGAGAGAAGGAGCGAUUGAAUCACAAAUACAAGAAGGAGUUCAAAGGCGCUUUGAGAGAGAUCAGGAAGGACUCGCGCUUCCUGGCCAGAGAGAAGCUGAAUGAAGUCAUGAACAGAGACUCGGAGAGAAAGAGGAAGGUGAAGGAGCUGUUUGGCAGCUUGGCCACUCAGGAGGGAGAGUGGAAGGCCCUGAAAAGGAGGAAGAACAGGAGGUGAAGUGUAGAAUUUCAGUCUCCACCGUCUCUUCCGGUUUGUGUGGACUUCCCCUGUCCAUUACAACCUAAACUUGGAACUGUAUACAUCCUUUUAUUUUUUUUUUAUCAUGGGGAAAAAUUCCACUUCUUGUGACUACAAUAUUCUGUAGAAGGCAUUUGAUGUGAUUGUGAAUACAGUUGUCAGUAUCAAUCAACAAAACAGUGAAUAUUUGGUCCAUUCGCCCUUUUUUUCCCACCAUAAUCCAUCACAACAAUGUGCUGCACAGGAAAAAUAAAUAUCUUUAUCUUUUAA